AUGGCCCCUGAAACCAUCACAGGCUCUGAGUUCACCACAGCUUCCAGCACAGUCUCUGAGACCACCAUUCACACUGAAAAAACCACAGAGUCCCGCACAGUUUCUGAGACCGUCAGGUCCUCCACUGCAGGGUCUGUGCCUGCUGUGGCCUCUACCUCAGCCUCUGAAACCAUGACAGUCUUCACUAAAGCCUCUGCGAAUACUUCAGGGUCACUGCCUUCCACAGUUACCACAACACCUGAUAAGAUAAUCACAGCCUCCACAAUAGUCUCUGAGAACACCACACCAUUCAUGACAAUGUCUGUGCCAACCACAAACUCCACCACAACCUCUGAGACCACCUUAGCCUCCAGCUCAAACUCCGAGUUCUCCACCAUAGCAUCGCUGACCGUGACAGUCACUACUCCAGUGUCUGAGUCCACCUUGGCCUCUACCGUAAUCUCUGAGACCACCUCGUUCUCCACUAUAACUUCUGUGCCCACCACAGCCUCUACCUCAGGCUCUAAGAACACAACAGCCUCUGAGACCAGCAAGGCUGAGACCACUGAGACCACUACGAUUUCCACCCAAGCCUCGGACACCACUCUGGCCUCUACCUUCUUCACCAUAGCCUCUGACACCACUGUAGGCUAUGAGACCACUCCAGCUUCCAGCACAGCUUCAGAGACCACAGCAGAGUCUAUGUCCACAGUGACCCCCACCACAGGCUCUGAGAGUGACACAGUCUCCACCACUGCAUCUGUGUCCACAGUGACCCCCACCACAGGCUCUGAGAGUGACACAGUCUCCACCACAGCGUCUUUGCCCACAACGACCUCUAUCACAGGCUCUGAGAGUGACACAGUCUCCACCACAGCAUCUGUGCCCACAACGACCUCUAUCACAGGCUCUGAGAGUGACACAGUCUCCACCACAGCAUCUGUGCCCACAACGACCUCUAUCACAGGCUCUGAGAGUGACACAGUCUCCACCACAGCAUCUGUGCCCACAACGACCUCUAUCACAGGCUCUGAGAGUGACACAGUCUCCACCACAGCAUCUGUGCCCACAAUGACCCCCACCACAGGCUCUGAGAGUGACACAGUCUCCACCACAGCAUCUGUGCCCACAAAGACCCCCACCACAGCCUCUGAGAGUGACACAGUCUCCACCACAGCAUCUGUGCCCACAACGACCUCCACCACAGGCUCUGAGAGUGACACAGUCUCCACCACAGCAUCUGUGCCCACAACGACCUCCACCACAGGCUCUGAGAGUGACACAGUCUCCACCACAGCAUCUGUGCCCACGGUGACCUCCACCACAGGCUCUGAGAGUGACACAGUCUCCACCACAGCAUCUGUGCCCACGGUGACCUCCACCACAGGCUCUGAGAGUGACACAGUCUCCACCACAGCAUCUGUGCCCGACACUGAAACCCCCAUCAUCUUCACAAUAGUGUCUGUGCCCACAAGAGAGAGCACUGCAGAGUCAGCCUCUGGGACUCCCACAGCCCCCACAACAAGAUCUGAGGCCAGCAUGGCCUAUAGCACAGCCUCUGAGGUCACUUCACAGUCUGCUAGUGGCAUAGCUUCCACCACAGGCCCUGACACCACCACGUCCUCCACAGCCUCCUCCUCAGCCUCUCAGCUCAUCACAGACUUGCCCACUUUCACUGCGUCCUCCACAGCCAGCAUCUCAGCUCCCGAGACCCUGACUGUCUCAGACACAGCCUCCAAGAGCUCCCUGGGCUCCGUUCCAGCAGCUGUGCCCACCGUGUUCCCCUCCACAGUCUCUGGGGACACCGAAGCUUCCACCUCACUUUCUGGACGCACCACAGCCUCUGAGGUCACCACUGCCUUUGUUUUGGCCUCAUCGCCCAUCUCGGCCUCUACCACCACCUCUGGGGCCCCUGAAGUCUCCACCCGUGUCUCUGGACCUCUCACCAUCUCGGCCACCACCUUGGUGUCCACCCAGGCCACUGACAUUUCUGCUCAGCCCAUCACCAGCACAGUUGUGUCAGGCACCGGGACCACUGGAACCAGAUCAACCAUCCCCAUCUCUAUUACCAUGUCCCCUGGAAUGGAUUCCAUGUCCCCUGCUACUGGCAAUACCAUGCCUGGAAUAGCCCCGAAUACUUCUGGCCCAGGCACAUCGACUAUUGGAACACAGUCUAUGCCCUCGGUCCCAGGCAUUGGGACCACCACGGGAUCUCUCCGCCUGGUAUCCAUGGGCACAAACACAGUUAGUGUGAGCGACACCCCAACAAACGUGAUCCAAUCAAGUGGAUACUCACAGCCCUGGGGCAUCAUCCUCAUUUCUCUGGCUGCAGUCGUGGUUGGUGUUGGAACCUUAGCAGGACUCUGCUUUGGCUUGAGGGAUUUUUCCUUCCCCCUGAGAAAUAGUGGUACUUACUAUCCUCAUAAGCACAACCUCGGCCUUGGUCUGGACCUGGGUUUUGGAAUGUUCCACAGCCUGGGAAAUUCACUUGUUUAUGGAGAGGGACUUGGGAUUGGAUCUGGAGCAGCACAUGGCUUUGAACAUGGAGUGGGCCCUGGAUUGAGCUACAGCCAUGGAGGAGGUUACGGAAUGAAUUAUGGUUGGAGUCAUGGGCAUGGAGGAGGCCAUAGCAACAGCUAUGAAAUGGACCACAGAGGAGGCCGUGGCAGGACAGAACAGCUGUGGCCAUAG